UUGGCUGAGGGGUGGGCACCUGACCCCAAAUGACCCAAUCGGAGUCUUCCCGGCGCUGGUAGCUUGUCCGUUGUGGACUCUGGCAGGUGCCUCGACCGGGACGGUGGGAACCCCGGUGGGGCCGCGGGCCGCAUCCUUCCCGCCGUAGGGGCCAUUCCUACACUUCCGGGGCACCCACGAACGGGGUUGGCUGCACUCCCGCCCAGGGCCCCGCCUCCUACGUGCCCCGCCCCCCAGGGCCUAUCCCCCUUCAGAACGCCGCCUCCGUGAAGCCCCCGCCUCAGGAUUCGGGCCCUGGGCGCUGUUGCCAGAGCCCUUAUGUUUCAGGCCCCUGGCUCCCACUUUCCUCCUCUCUGGCCAUCUGGCUCGGUUGCUGGCCUCAUGCAUGCAUUCCUUGCCCAGACCCUCCCUCUGUUCGCCUUUCCCUCCUGCCUUGCCUCGCCCCAGGCUUCCGCGGCUCUUGUCUAGCUGCUCUGCCACCCCCUAACCCUCCGACUGGUCUGCUCUUUGGCCAGGGUCUUUCUGGAGCUAAAAUCGGACCCCGCCACUCCCUUCUUACACCUCGGGGGAAGCGCUGCGCGUCGACGUCGCCCAGGCCCGGGUUCCCCUAGCCCAAGCGGCCCUCGGAUGCGUCCCAGGGCAGCGCCAGACGUGAUGGGCUGAGGACGCGUCUGACGCCUUGGCCUGCGCGGUCAGGCUGGGUCGGGGGAGAUUUGGGGCGGUCCGCGGGGUCCCGGGCACACUGGACCUCACCCGCCCCCUCCACCUCUAGAGGGAGAGGGAGGCCCGCGACACGCCUCAGGCUCCGGGCCGGGGUGGGGGAAGGUAGGUCUUGGAGCCGCAGCCGGAGCGCGGAGAGAUGGGGCAGCACGGCCCCGGCCCGGGCCCCAGGCGUCUCGCCAGCCCAGCUCCCGUCAGGCCGCGCUUCGGGGCGGGGUUUUGGGCGCUGGGUCAGAGUCUGAGGAAGUGGGGAAAUCUGGCCCUGGGAGCCCCCCUGUCGGCCUACUUCCCUGCCUGGAUUCUGCGUGUUCCUGCCCAGGCUCCCUGCCGGUCGUCCCAGCUCCCGGGGGCUGCAAGGAGGGGACAGGCAGUGCAUUCACCUGCCCAGCCAGGGUGGCCCAAAGUGACCACGGCUGUGCCAUGAGGACUGCGCUGGUGCACCACGAGGACAUGACAGCGGCCCGGCUGCUCUGGGAAGACCCUGAGUGUGAGAUCGAGCGUCCGGAGCGCCUGACUACAGCCCUGGAGCGCCUGCGGCAGUGGGGCCUGGAGCAGAGGUGUCUACAGUUGGCAGCCCGAGAGGCCUCCGAGGCAGAGCUGGGCCUGGUACACAGCCCAGAGUAUGUGUCCUUGGUGCGAGGAACCCAGACCUUGAGCACUAGGGAACUACAGGCGCUGUCUGGACAAUACGACGCUGUCUACUUCCAUCCGAGUACCUUCCACUGUGCCCGGCUGGCCGUGGGGGCUGCGUUGCAGCUGGUGGAUGCCGUGCUGACGGGGGCUGUGCACAACGGGCUCGCCCUGGUGAGACCUCCUGGGCAUCACAGCCAGAGAGCCGCUGCCAAUGGAUUCUGCGUGUUCAACAACGUGGCCAUAGCAGCCAAAUACGCCAAGCAGAGACACGGGCUGCACAGGAUCCUCAUUGUCGACUGGGAUGUCCACCACGGUCAGGGCAUCCAGUAUAUCUUUGAGGAUGACCCCAGCGUCCUUUACUUUUCCUGGCACCGCUAUGAGCAUGGGCACUUUUGGCCCUACCUUCGAGAAUCGGAUGCAGAUGCUGUUGGGCAGGGGCAGGGCCGUGGCUUCACUGUCAACCUGCCCUGGAAUCAGGUUGGGAUGGGAAAUGCUGACUACGUGGCCGCCUUCCUCCAUGUGCUGCUCCCCGUGGCCUUUGAGUUUGACCCUGAGCUGGUGCUCAUCUCAGCAGGAUUUGACUCUGCGAUCGGGGAUCCCGAGGUGAGGGCCUGGCCUGGCAGGGGAGGGCUCCCGGGGGCCCGGGGCCCGGGGCCCGGCGCCCAUCACGCCGGGCUCUGCUUCCAGGGGCAGAUGCGGGCCACGCCGCAGUGCUUCUCCCACCUCACACAGCUGCUGCAGGUGCUGGCCGGCGGCCGAGUCUGUGCUGUGCUGGAGGGAGGCUACCACCUGGAGUCGCUGUCCCAGUCCGUGUGCAUGGUGGUGAAGGCGCUGCUGGGUGACCCUGCCUUGCCCCUGUCGGGGGCCAUGGAGCCUCAUCACAGGUUCGGGGCCAGGAAGGUGGGAAGGGCUGGGGGUGCGACGCCAGGCCUCACUGCUCCUGCUUCUCCCCACAGUGCCCUGGAAUCCAUCCAGAGUGUCCGGGCUGCCCAGGCCCCUCAUUGGAAGAGCCUCCGGCAGCAAGGGUCGACCCCCAUACUGAAUCCCAGCACCUACUCCCUGGAGCGGAGAGCCUCACCUGUAUCUCCCGGGGGACCCAAAUUCAAGGCAGCAGAGGCGCAGGCCUCGGCCGCGCUGAGUUCCCUCCUAGACCAGCUGCACCUCAACCCCACACUGCCUGUCCGCACGGCUGUUGCCCUGACUGCACUGGAUGCCGCUCUGGUCCUACCCGCCGACGUCCUCCGUCAGGAGGGGUCAGCCCCACAGGAGGAGACACGGGCCUGGGCCAGGCUACACGAGGCCCUGGCCCAGGACAAGGCUCUCACUGCACUUGGGAAGGUCCUGCACCUCUUGAAUGGGAUCCUGGAUGGGCAGGUGAGCAGUGGCAUUGCAGCAACCCCGGAGCCCGCCUUGGCUCCCACCCUGGAUGUGGUCAUUCGGCGCAGCUUGUCCCACGGAGCGCGGAGGCUUCUCUGUGUGGCUGUGGGACAGCUGGAUCGGCCCACAGACCUUGCCGACGACGGGAGGAAUCUGUGGCUGAACAUCAGAGGCAAGGAAGCGGCUGCCCCAUCCAAAUUCCAGGUCUCCGUGCCACUGCCAGGGACUACUGGUGGGUUCGUGAGCUGUGUUCUGGCCCUCGUGCUGCCCCUGGCCUAUGGCUUCCAGCCUGACCUCGUGUUGGUGGUGCUGGGGCCGGCCCACGGCCUGCAGGUCCCCCAAGCCGCACUCCUGGCUUCUCUGCUGCGGGGGCCGGCGGGGGGCCGAGUCUUGGUCCUGCUGGAGCAGGGAUCCACAUCCCAGCUUGCAGGGGUCCUGGCCCGGGUGUGGCAGGGAGAGGCGCCCCCCGGCCUGGGUCCCUUCUCCAUGGCCUCCCCAGAGGACACACAGGCCCUGAUAUCCCUGAGAGGGCAGCUGGAAGCAGAGUGGAAGAUGCUGCCGGUGGCCGCUCCUCAAGUGCCGUGACCGGGCAGCUUGAGAGCUGCCAGGGUGGGAGUCCUUGCACUGCAGAGGUGGCACCGCAGACUAGUCCCCCGAGAACCAGCUUUAAACACUCACGUGUGCACCACUUCCUGAGGCCUCCGUCCUGAAGGCCAGGCUACAGAGCUGUCUGGGGCUCUGGCUCAGGGACACUAUGUCCACGGCCGUGACCGGGAGCCCCCCCUCCAGUGGUCUGCCUCUGCACAGAUGGUUCCAUCCUCACUUCCUGCACGCCUCUUAACCUCAAAAAAUAAAAGUCGUUUUACCAGCAAAAA